AUGGCGUCGGAGCAGCAGCAGCCGCCGACGGCGAAGAUCAUCGACGGGAAGGCCAUCGCCCAGACCAUCAGGAAAGAGAUCGCCGCCGAAGUCCGUUCCCUUUCCGAGACAUACGGCAAGGUAAAAGCGAGAUCCCGAUCCGUUUGGUUUCUGGUUGGCGAUCCGGAGAUUGCCAGAUGAUGAUUUCGAUUGGGCGCGCUGAUUGUCGACGGCGCUUCCUGCUCACUCGACGGGGUGGGUAUGGCAGGCCCCGGGGCUGGCGGUGGUGAUCGUCGGGAGCAGGAGGGACUCGCAGAGCUAUGUAGCGACGAAGAGGAAGGCGUGCGCCGAGGUGGGAAUCCAUUCCUUCGACGUCGAUCUCCCCGAAGAUGUUUCCGAGGCAGACGUCAUCCAGAAGGUCCACGAUCUCAACUCCAACCCUGGUGUUAACGGUGAGUCCGGGACUUUCCAUUUUUCUCGAUCCUUCAUUUGAAUUCCUUUCUGGACGCAGAAAAUUUUCCGCGAACACAUGCUUUCAUAUUUAUUCGAAUCUGGCUGGUUCCAUAUAUCUCACAUCUCCAUGAAAGAGGGUAAUCUUGAGAGCAAACCACGGAGGGAUUCAGUCCCCAGCAAACUCGGGGAAAAAGCUAAAGAAUGGCUACUUAAGAAGGAAUCUAAUUGAAGAAAAGAGCCUCAGGACAAUGGAUGAAAGAGGGCCGGUAUGGACCUCAAAACUUUCCAUAGUAUAUCAAACUCCACGAGAAGGACUUUAAAACUUAAUCUCGCCAGAGUCAACACUCAAGCUGUUCAUGAAAAACGUCGUUCAAGAGUCUACAUAGGGUUUUCUCAGAGUUUGAUUUAUGGAGAAUGCAGGUGAACAUAUGAUAUUUUACCCGAAGUGAGAGAGCUGGGAGCGUAAUCAGAUUCUUAGUUGCAGAGGAAAAAGAAGGUUUCCUUCAGUGUUGGCCUCAAAUCUUCCAAAGCCUAGACAUACUCAAUCAGCUUCAUAUUCUGUGUUUUUCUCUUGUGCCCUCGUUCUUGUACAGCUUUACUUCAGGGUCUGGUCUAGUUUUUCCCUUAUUGUCAGUGCCUACAGACCUAACGGAUUGAAUAUGAAUGGAUGCAUUGAAUGACAGGAAUAUUGGUUCAGCUCCCCUUACCUAAGCAUAUCAACGAAGAGAAUGUACUCAGUGAAAUCAGCAUUCAGAAAGAUGUUGAUGGGUUCCACCCUCUGAACAUCGGCAAGCUUGCAAUGAAAGGCAGGCAGCCGCUGUUCCUUCCUUGCACGCCCAAGGUAUCGUAACUGUUAGCUAUAUUGCAAUAGUCUUCUUCCCACAAAUAUCUCUCAUCAUUAAAUUGUUCUUAUUCCCAUAUGUUUAUUUUCUUCAAAGCCAUACUGAUUGGUCUAUUUGGAAUACUUUCUUCUCGAUAGGGAUGUCUCGAACUUCUGUCAAGAAGUGGGAUAACCAUAAAGGGAAAGAAAGCUGCUGUAGUGGGUCGUAGUAAUAUAGUUGGAUUACCCGUGUCAUUGUUGCUUAUGAAAGAAGAUGCAACUGUGACCGUUGUUCACUCACGAACUACUAAUCCUGAGACCAUCAUUCGUGAAGCAGACAUUGUUAUUGCUGCAGCGGGACAAGCGAUGAUGGUAAGUGCUGUCAUGAACUAGCUUUUCUAGUGGUUCCAAAUGGAUGAGAUAGCACUGUUGCUUAUGUUCAUUUACUCUGGGAUAAGAACGUGACUUUUGGUCUUGCUGAGUCUACUUCAGGUAAAAAGAAAGUCAAUAGAUUUACUCCACUAAUAGAUGACACCGUGUGACAGUUAUCAAGAAAAUUAUAAUGGUUGCAUGUGGAAAGUGGAAAUGUAUACCAACCUGUCAAUAUCAAUGGAAUGGAAGGGCAAAAAAGGAAAUAGUUGAUAAUGAAAAUGCUGAAUGUCUUAUCAGGAAAUAUGCUGCCUAGUCCUCUGACUGGCAAGACCUUCGUAAGGAUGAAUUCGUUCGCCAUGUACGUGCAGAGAUUAUUUUAUUCUUCUAAAUUAAAAAAAAAAUGAUAUUUUCUCAUUUGCUAUGGAAUAUUAACUGUUAUGCUCUACAAUACAUCUAUGUCCUGCAGAAUCUUUGUGUCCCAAAAACUAGCCUUUGAUUGGUGUAGACAUUGCUUAGAAGUCAUAAGCAUGGAAUGCUGGUAGCUUUCCUGAAUCCCAACCGUGAUACCAGACAUCGUGCUACUUUUUUAACUCUCGCAGAGAAUCACGUCUUCCAUGAAUCCCCAGAUUCAUGAAAAAGCAUCUAAAUUUAACUUAUUGCCAAUUAUUGCAUUGCAGUUUUAAGAAACGUCAGAGCUCUCAAGUUUAGCUUAUUUCUGUUUUCUGUAGUCUUGAGUCAGCUUUUCCAUUCACAAGCUGCAAUUAUCCCAAACUUAAUUUUUUUUCUAUGUUUUUCUGUAUGAAGAUCAAAGGAGACUGGAUCAAGCCUGGUGCUGCUGUUAUUGAUGUGGGAACGAAUGCUGUUGAUGACCCUAGUAGGAAAUCGGGCUACAGACUCGUGGGCGAUGUAGAUUUCCAAGAAGCACUUAAGGUGGCUGGAUGGCUAACCCCAGUACCAGGUGGCGUCGGACCAAUGACUGUUGCCAUGCUACUCAAGAACACUCUCGAGGGUGCCAAACGUCAGCUGACGCAAUGA